AUGUCCAAAACGCCCCUUCCCCAGUACGCCCCAUCUAGACACUUCCUAGCUGGGCGACAAAUCCGAAAGCCACCCGUCACGACGCUUCCAAUGAGGCACGGCACGGGUGCGCGGUCCGGAAAUGACAUAACUGCCCCUACCCGUACCCGGGAAAAAUGGACGCACGCGAAGGGGGCUGCCGAGUCUCUGGCAGGGCACUCACCGGCGCCGGCAAACGGCGAGAUGGGCGGGGUAGUCCCUAGUGGCGAGGCCGGCGGCGUGCUUGCGGCGCUCCUCGGCGACGACGGGUACCCCGCGGGGCGCUUGAUCAUGAUGCUGCGCGUCACCUUCACCGGCGUCUCGUCGCUGCUCGAAGCCGGCGAGGGCGGCACGAACGCCGCAACGUCCUCGGCCGGAUCUACACGGUCGACGAAACCACAAGUCAGAUCGAAUGGGAACGCCGACUACGAUGGGGCAUGUUUUUUUUUUUCAGCAGCGGCGGUCACCAGCUCACUCACCAUUGAUCUUGACGGCGGCGGGGCGCACGGGCUGCUUGCGGAGGCGGCCGAGGCCGGUGUCCGGGCGCGGGCCCGCGAAGGUGUCGUCCCACAGCUUGUCGAGGAGGCCCAUCCCUCUCCGUCGUAA